UAGUAAGUAGGUAACACGUCGGGAAUAAAAAAAGCAAUAGCGGGAGUCAUCGUGUGUUGUGUUGUGUUGUGAUCUCCGAACCCAAACUACAGAAUCUCUCUUCUCUAUCACUUCCUCUGCCUUCCAAACACUCUCUUUUGUCGAGAUCUCACUCUCUGCUUUGCAAACCAAGCAGAUGGCAAUGCAGGAAACAAGCCCUUCCACUGCUCCUAGUGCUCAAAUGGUUGGCAAUGCCUUUGUGGAGCAAUAUUAUCACAUUCUGCAUCAAUCCCCGGACUUAGUGCACAGAUUCUAUCAGGAUUCAAGUCUCUUAAGCAGAUCAGACAGCAAUGGUGUCAUGAAGACUGUAACAACUACAAAAGCAAUCAAUGAAACAAUUGUUUCCCUGAACUAUGAAGAUUGUACAGCAGAAAUAAAAACUGCAGAUGCUCAGGAGUCACAUGAGAAAGGUGUGAUAGUUUUAGUAACUGGAUGCUUAACUGGGAAGGAUAAUGUGAGAAAGAAGUUCUCACAGACCUUCUUUUUGGCUCCACAAGAUAAAGGUUAUUAUGUCUUAAAUGACGUCUUUAGGUUCAUCGAGGAGAAUGAUAGCCCACAGUUAAAUUCUGCCUCAAUAAAUGUCAUCAAUGAAAAUGCCGAGACAGUGCACAUGCUAGAAUCAGGUUACCCUGCAACCUCUGCAGAGGAUGAAAAGAUUAAUAAUAGUACUGAAGUUUAUCAUCCUCGGGACAACAAGGAAGAAGGAUCCGUUAUUGAUGAAGAGGUUGCCAUAGAGUCUACUGAUUUAAGUCAGAAGGAUAUUGUUACGAUUCAUGAUUCAACAUCAGCAGUCCAGGAUGAUGCACGAAAGACCUCAUAUGCAUCAAUUGUAAUGAAAAGUAACACAGCAUCUGGUCAUGUCUAUGUUCCCAGCCGAGCUGCAAGAGUGGCAUCUGCUAAAUCCAAUGAACAAUGGCAUGCUACAGCAAAAUCUACUCCUGGGCCUGAAGCAUUAGCUCCUAGCGGUGAAAGUGUACCAGGGAGUAGUGAUUUUCCUGAAGCUGAAGGUCAUUCCAUAUACAUACGAAACUUGCCAUUUAAUGCAACAAUCGAACAACUCGAAGAGGUUUUUAAGAAAUUUGGUCCUAUUAAGCAUGGUGGAGUCCAAGUAAGAAGUAGUAAGCACGGUUUCUGUUUUGGCUUUGUUGAAUUUGAGGAAUCGAGUUCCAUGCACAGUGCACUUAAGGCAUCACCUAUCACUGUUGGUGAGCGACAGGCUGUUAUCGAGGAAAAGAUAUCUACUACACGAGUCAGCGAUAGUGGGAGAGGGAGGUAUCCUUCAGGGAGAGGUGGUUUCCGAGGCGAGAAUUUCCGGGGGCGUGGGAGAUUUGGUGGUGGACGUGGUUAUGGAAGAAGUGAAUUCAGAAAUCAAGGGGAAUUCUCAGGACGACCUAGGAGUUCUCAACGGCCACGUCAGAAUGGAGGUGGGCGUGGUGAACGUCAUGGUGUGGGGAACCAUAAUGUUACCCCUUCUACUUCAGUGUGAGCAUAUUGGUUAAUAGAGAAAGAAGAAGAAAACAAAACAAACGCUGGGUUGAAUUUUUUUUUAUAAGUUAAACACUAAAACUUUUACUUUCCCUUGUUUAGGCAAGUGCAGGUUUUUGAAUUUCAUCAUUGCAAUUUGCAAUCAUACAAAUAGGAGAUGAGUGGGUUCAUCAGCCCUUGCUUUGUAUCGGUCAUGUAAUUUUUUUCCACUUCUCUUCAGCCUCCCAUUCUGUUGAAGUCAUAUUCAGCUAAAGUGUUCCUUCGAUUGAGUUGUUAACACGAAUCUCCAAUGUUGGAGGUUUGCCUUGUAAAUUGGAACUAUGUGAAUUCCUUUUCUCUUACUCAUAAGCUUAAUGAAAAUGGAAACUAAAACUAUAAAUAAUCAUUUGAGAAUGU